AUGGUAAUAAUGGUAUGGAAGAAGUACUGGUGGUAGGUGUAUACGGAAUAUGAACAUGAUUGUCAUUUUCCCUGUUUGGGUCAAUCAGAGUGAAGCGAAUCCGGUAAAGCAGAAAAGCGUGGUAGGUGAAAUCCCUCUUGAUCCCCACUGAACGGAGUAUUUCUUGCUUUCUCUUACCCGCUUUUUCUUUCUUUCUCUUUUCCUCAAUCCUCUCUUACACUCCACGACUACUCUUCCAUUCCAUCACUCAUUUCCAAACCAAACCAAACCAAACAAAGCGUUUCUUCAGAUUCAGACCCAAAAUAACCCAUGGCGAACACGUUGCGCUUAUACUUGACCUGCAUUCGGAACACGCUCGAGGCCGCAAUGUGCCUCCAGAACUUUCCGUGUCAAGAAGUCGAAAGGCAUAACAAACCCGAGGUUGAACUCAAGACCAGUCCCGAACUCCUGCUCAAUCCAGUUUUGAUAUGCCGAAAUGAGGCUGAAAAAUGCUUAAUUGAAACAUCUAUCAAUUCAUUGCGGAUAAGUCUCAAGGUGAAGCAGGCUGAUGAACUGGAAAACAUACUGACCAAGAAAUUUCUAAGAUUUUUGUCAAUGAGAGCUGAGGCUUUUCAAGUACUGAGGAGAAAGCCUGUUCAGGGAUAUGAUAUUAGCUUCCUUAUAACAAAUUACCACUGCGAGGAGAUGCAGAAGCAAAAACUCAUUGAUUUUAUAGUGCAAUUUAUGGAGGACAUUGAUAAAGAGAUAAGCGAGCUCAAAAUGUCGGUGAACACACGGGGGAGGCUUGUAGCUACAGAAUUUCUGAAGCAGUUUAUAUGAUGUUUCAGACUAGUUAAAACUGCCAAAUCCGUGUAAAUUAUACUGUUGCAGGUCUAGUGUCACUUCACUUAUGAAGUGGUUGGCCCCUUGAGCCAAUGGUUUGUGUUUUUUAUUAUAUUUACUAGAAGUUCAGAAUAAAUUUUGUAGAGUUUAGUGCAGUAUAUAAAGAAAAUAUGAUAAACCUGCAUGUCGCUUCGGAGAAGAUGAAGCUACUAAUAGUUAGCACAUUUCCUUUCAAUGAAAAUAAUAUAGUCUGACUUUGCCGUUAAA